UGGGCCGUAGCCCAUGCCACAGCCAAUAGUAUCCAACGUAUCUUGUGCAUUAUUUGCAUUUGCAUUACUAACAAUUGCACUUUGCGAGCAUAGACGUUUUGCACAUACUACAGGUGUUGUAAUAUGUCAGACAAGGAAAGCAACCCAGAGAGCAAGUCGCCAGAAGCUUUGUCUUCGGUAACAAUUAUAUCGGAACAAGAGAAACAACUUGCUUCGUCGGCGACGGCAGAUUUCAACGCAGGAAGGUAUUCCAGCUGCAUCGAAACUUUAAACAAGCUACAGUCCUUAAGACCAUCCGAUGCAAAAGUGGCGCAUAACAAGGCUGUGGCGACAUACUAUGCCUCAGGGAGAAAGAAAUGCGACGAGUUCAACAAAAGCUUGAACGAUGUUGCAGCUCGUUUGAGGAUUAAGUUGUGCAAUUCGAAUACCUUUGACGACGUUGAUCACACCGUCAUUUUCUUCAAUCAAGCUGUAUUAUAUUACCACUCACAGCAAUAUCGAAAAGCUAUCAUAAUCCUCGAUAAGCUCUUCCAAUUUAUGGAGCCACUAGAUGAGUCAAUAGCCCGCCGCAUAUGCUUUCUGUACAUAGAGCUUUGCCUCUGCUUGCAGCAACCGGAAAAGGGCAUCUCACUCAUAUGCUACACAGAGAACCUCUUGUUCGGCAGCAAACAAGUGAGUGAGCUAUCCAGUCAAAAACCUGCAUCACCUGAAAAAGAACCAGAAGGAAAGGAUAUUGUUAUGCCAGCUUCUGAAGAUUCCAGUCCCAAUGAAAUAUACAAGACCAUCCUCCAGCAGUACAGAGCACGUUGCAUGAUCAUGCUUAAAUCAAUAAAGGCCAGUAAGCGAGAAAUCAAGAACCUGGUCAGUUCUGGUGCCAACACCACCCAGACUGUAUUCCUUCGGAGCCAGCUUGAAUUUAUGCGAGGAAACUACAGAAAGACAGUCAAAGUUCUGAAUACCGCGAUUGGGCAGUCUUCAUUAGACACUCGCCUCACAGCUAUGUACAAUAACAACAUUGGGUGUGUGCACUUUUAUACCGGAAAGCCAAAUCUGGGAUGCUUCUAUUUCUCCAAGGCUCUCAAGGGUUAUACCGAGAACCGCUUCAACAGUGGCAUGGGAAACAACUUCGAUAGCAGACUCUACUACCAACUGCUCUACAACCUGGGGCUCCAGAACCUUUACGCGGGGAACUACACAUCGGCUUUUGACUGCCUCAUUGAAGCGGUGCGAUUUUACUCGACAAAUCCUAGACUGUGGCUUCGAAUUGCUGAGUGCUGUGUGUACCAACAUAAGUCUGACAAUGCAGCAGAUUUUCAACUGAAGGACCGUAAGAAGCACAUGAUCCGUGGAACAGCGGGCAGUGGGUCUUAUCGUAAGAUAAUGUUAUCCGCAUCAAUAUCCAGAGACAAUUACAUUCCUGUCACGGAUCAGUCUACUGCAAUGCCAGCCCUCACUCUGGAAUUUGCAACUCUUUCCUUGCAAAAUGCGUUGCUGCUACUUUCUGAGCCCGCAGCUAACACUUUGCCCACUGAUACUGGUGAUGACAGUGCCCUACUUGAAAACGGAGCAGUAAUUACCUCAACCACAUCAGCUGAUGAAAUUACAUCGCUAAGAAAUUCUGUUUUGGCUCUGUCGGCUUACGUCGCGUUAUGCCUGAACGACACAGUCGUUGCCCUGAAGCAUGCAGACACCUUGCUUGCGCAGCCUAGGGUUUCGGACGUGCAUAGGUUGUUGGGUCACCAGUAUGCAGCCGAAGCCCUUCUGUUGUUGGACCGUGUGCCUGAUGCCAUUGCCCAUCUUAACCCUGAGCAGAUUAAAGACAUGUCUCACAUGCUUCCCGAACUGGAGGAAAUGAAAGACGGAACAAAGCAAGCUUCAGAAGAAAAUGACAAAGGGUACCGGAAGAGUUGGUUCCCAACGUCAGUGUCCACGGCCAAGGUAGUCAGCCUGUACAACCUGGCUGUGGCGUACACAUUGCGUGGUGAGCUCAGUAAGGCGACGGAAACGUUGAGACUGGUUAGUGUCGCUAAGGGACCUGAUCCUGAAAUCCCUGUGCAGGCUCUGAUGCUUGCAAUCUAUGUGCAGUUGCAACAGGGUCAUGCAGACUUGGCCAAGUCAAUCAUCAAGCAGCAUCUUCCACAGUACAAGUAGUAGCAUGGUUGUGUUGAGAAAUAAAUAAAUAUGUGUGUUGACUCGA